GCUUCAUGACAUAGAUGGAAAGGCUCAGAGCAACGCCAUAAACUCAGAAAUGAGGCAGUCUAAGGUCAACUAGAAGUCUUUUUGACAGAAAAUGUUAAUCUGGGCUGUUAUGAUGGAUAAUGUUUCGGUGAUUACCAUGUUUACUCUUUCAGGGUUAAGUGGGACAGUCAGCCUCAGAGUUACUCUCUUUGUGCUCACUUUGCUGUGUUACUGUGUGAUUUGGCUGGUGAAUCUGAUCAUUAUUGUGAUGAUAAUCGUGGAUAAAAGCCUCCAUGAACCAAUGUACAUCUUCCUCUGCAAUCUGUGCAUCAAUGGACUCUACGGGACAACAGGAUUUUAUCCCAAAUUCCUCCACGAUCUCCUGUCGACCACACAUUUAAUCUCUGUUCCUGGAUGUUUUCUGCAGGGUUUUGUGUUGCACUCUUCAAUCUGUGCUGAUUUCUCCUUGCUCGCUUUAAUGUCUUACGACAGAUACAUGGCUAUAUGUCGACCUCUGGUGUACCACUCCAUGAUGACUAAAAGAAAGAUUUGUUUUUAUGUGCUUUUGUCUUGGAUUAUUCCUUUUUGCGUUAUAUUCAUUGGCACAGGGACAACAGCCACAUCAAGGUUAUGUGGCUCCCACAUACCAAAGAUCUAUUGUGUGAACUGGUUAAUUUCUAACCUUGCUUGCUCUCCCCCCAUGGCUCAGGUCAUUUAUCCAGCUUUUAGUUACACUUUUUAUUUUCUCCACGCAGUUUUCAUUGUUUGGUCUUAUGCUUAUCUGAUCAAAACCUGCCAAACAUCAAAAGAGAACAAACAUAAGUUCAUGCAGACGUGUUUGCCACAUUUACUCACUUUGAUAGUGUUCCUUGGAUCUGUGGCGUUUGAUUUGCUGUAUAUGCGGUUUGGCUCAAAGGAGUUGUCGGAACAUUUGCAGAAUUUCAUGGCAAUAGAGUUUCUCGUUGUUCCACCGAUCAUCAACCCCCUGAUAUAUGGUUUCAGACUCACACAGUUAAGAAAAAGAGUCUCACGUUUCAUAUGCGGCAGGAGUUCAGGUUUUAGGUAAAUGGGAAAAACAAAUCUAGCAAAUCUGUGGCAUUAGAUAGAAAGUGGAACAGCUUGUUUUGCAUAUUUUACAUUCAUGAAAUUAAUGUAAUUUGCUUUAUUUCUUUUUUAUUAUAGUCUAGUAUAUUUUACAGUUUAUUGUCCAUCACCUUCUGAGAUGGUAAUUGUUCUUUAGUUUCUACAAGAUGAUUAAAGGCAUGGACUAGUGUAGCAAA